UGGCAACGGCUCCAAAUUAAGCUACAGCUAGCUAGCGCGCAAGAAUGGCCCGCCUCGGCAUCACCGCGUCAGUCCUCGCACUCCUCCUCGCAGCGGCGACGUUCUCCUCAGCCGCCGGUUUACCCACGGCCGGCGGCGCGCCACGUAGGGUGCUGUGGAGCAAGGGCGUCCCGGCCGACCCGUUCUGCCCGUGGGAGGCCGUCAAGUUCGGCGCGUGCGCGGCGGUGCUCGGCCUCGCGGACGCGCAGGCCGGCGCGCAGCUCGGGAGCGAGUGCUGCCAGCUCGUGGGCAGUCUCGCCGCGACGGAGGCCGCCGCGUGCCUCUGCGUCGCCGCCAAGGAGGGCGUGCUCGGCCUCGUCUCCGCCGAGUGGUCCGUCGGCGUCGAGCUCCUCGCCAGCGCCUGCAAGACGGAGAUCCCCGACGGCUUCAAGUGCGUGUGACAUGUUGAUGUUGUUUCGUCUGGUGGAAGCGAGUGCCCAUGCAUUUGAGCAGUGCUGUCUGUCAAAGUGAAAAAACUGCUUUCUUCUUCGACUUGUAGACAUUUUGUUUCACUUCCCGGUGUAUGCAAACGUAAUUGCAUGUUUGCGUCAACUAUACAUGAAUCAUCGUCAGUUUAUUUA